AUGGACGUGCGCAUAGUGAUCGUUUUCUGCUGUACCAUUUUGCACCUAGAGUUAGCGGAAUGUUACAGUUUGCGGAAAGCCGACCAUCCAACAGCAGCUAUCAAAGAAUUUGGCAGCAUAGCUGCCGCAUCUAGCAAUGCUCCAAAAUCACCCCUGCUAGAGAUAGUGCUCCGCAUACUAGACACCAUUCAGAUUAUUCCCAAGAAACGGUCAAGGCGACAGGAGCGAUCGCAAACACUUCCGCUCCUCACCCCAUUGUUCGGGAGCGCAAUAUUUGGUGGGCGGGUGGAAAAACCGUUGCUGGCACUGUCGCUAGAAUCGGGCGAGGCAGCAACCGAACCGGGCCCGCCGUCUGCCGAGCAGCCCGAGGAUGAUGAUGACGAUGGGGACAAAUUUUACCCACCGGAUGCGUAUCAGCUGCGACGGAUAACAAGCUCCAAACGGUUUUACGAUAUGGUGCUCGGUGUGCUGCAUGUGCUCGAAAGCCAAGCGCGGCAGAAAGUGCAACGUGCACGGGAACAGCGGGAAAGCGUACGAUCGGCAUAUGACGAUGAAGACGAUGAGGAACAACCGGCUUAA